CCGAUGCUUAGUUGUCGCGCAACUUCGACGGAAAAAAGUUAGUCUCUUAUAGUAGAUGUCGACAUAAACAAUUACCAAGAUAUUCGAAAUCUCACAAGACCUACAAUUUGACCAGUGAGCGGUAAACAGCGAAAACAAUGGCGACCUACAUGGAACUCUUAUGCGGCCUGGUUGUAUUAGCCAUCACCUUUUAUUAUUACUUAGUCUGCAAUUUCGAUUUCUGGAAAAAACGUGGCGUACCUGGCCCAAAACCUCUACCGUUAUUCGGUACCCACAAGGAUCUAAUCUUUGCAAACAUAUCCGUGGCAUAUGUGGUCGAAGAUCUUUAUAAGAAAUAUAGAAAUGAACCAGCAGUUGGCCUGUACAACGGCAGAUCACCCGUUCUCAUUCUGCAUGAUCCAGAUGUUAUAAAGACCGUCAUAGUUAAGGAUUUCCCCAUGUUCGGAAGCCGACCGCAUAAACCUCACGAAAGGACAGAGCCCUUGUCCGUCAACUUGUUCUUUCUUGAUGAGGUAAGAUGGCGACCGUUGAGGCCGAAAUUAAGUCCCUUGUUCACAUCAAAAAAACUGAAAGGCAUGUUCGAUCUGAUGGUGGAAUGUACUGAUAGCUUAAAUAAAUAUUUGGACUAUAUAGUCUCGAAAAAUGAAAUAGUCGAAAUUAGCGAUGUGGCUGCUAAGUUCACAACCAACGUGAUCGGUAGUUGCGCAUUCGGGAUUAACACGAACACCAUGAACAACGAGGACAACGAAUUUCGUGAUAAAGGCAAGCAGAUCUUCGAAGGAAAUAUUGAGAACACGAUACGAUUGAAGCUGAGACUGUUUCUGCCCAAGCUCUACGACUUAAUUGGAUUUGUAUGGCCAGAGAAUAAGUUGGCCCCCUUCUUCACAAAGCUUCUCAUGGAAACGAUGGAAUACAGGAAGAAGAACAACAUUCACAGACCUGACUUCGUCCAUCUGCUCAUGGAACUCCGGGACCAUUCAGACACGGUGAACGACAUCGAAUUGACAGACCAGUUGCUCACGGCUCAAGCGUACACAUUCUAUGCGGCCGGUUUUGAGACAUCUUCAGCAGCCAUAAGUGCGGCUCUUCUUGAACUAGCUCAAAACCACGACAUACAAGACAAGUUGCGCAAAGAGUUGAAGCAAUAUAUGGAAGAAAACAAUGGUAAAAUCACGUAUGAAAGUGUGAAAAAGAUGGAAUACUUGGAUAAAGUGUUCAAAGAAACAUUGAGGAAAUAUCCUGUAGGGGCCAUUUUACAGCGAGUAGCAUCCAAUGAUUACUAUUUCGAGAGUUUGAAAUUCUCAAUACCAAAAUCAACCGAAGUGUGGAUUCCAAUAUAUGCGAUUCAUAGAGAUCCUAUCAUUUAUCCAAAUCCAACAAAAUUCGAUCCUGAAAGGUUCACUAAAGAAGCUGCAGCAACUCGUCACCCUAUGCAUUAUAUACCGUUUGGCGACGGACCAAGAAGUUGCAUUGGUACCCGUUUCGCUACUUUCGAAACGAAAAUCGGUAUAUUCAAAAUACUUCUACGCUACAAAGUGGAUAUCUGCGAACAAACCAAGCUUCCAUACGAAUUCGAUCCCAAAACAUUUCUUUUGUCGCAUAAGGGCGGAAUAUUCUUGAAGAUGACAAAAAUUGAAUAAUGUUACGCUUAUAUGUAAGUGCUCUGAUGGCAGUAACUGAAAUUAAUGGACAAUGAUUUGAAUACAAAGUUUUAGAUUUAUAA